AGCUGCCCAGCCCUAAGUACCCAGUCUCCAGUGUGAGAGCAAACAAACCCACCAUGAGCGACCCCCUCCCGCAUCUCUGCUCACCAUGCGGAUGCUGAAAUGGUUCUUGUUCUUGCCUCUGUGCCUCUCCUGCGGCUAUGCCUUUAUGUUUUCUUCUCUGAGAGACAGAGCCAAGGAACCCCAGGGAAAGGUGCCUUGCGGAGGGCACUUCCGGAUGAGGCAGAAUCUGCCAGAGCAUGCCCAAGGCUGGCUUGGGAGCAAAUGGCUCUGGCUUAUUUUUGUUAUUGUGCUGUAUGCAACACUGAAGUUUCGAGGAGACGGUGAGAAGAGUAAGGAGCAGAAUCCUCCUGGCCUUCGAGGCUGUUCAUUUCGCUCUCCACUAAAGAAAAAUCAAAUUGCUUCCCCCAGCAAAGACUAUGCAUUCAAUACCUUAACCCAGCUCGAGAUGGACCUUGUGAAAUUUGUGUCCAAGGUGCAGAAUAUGAAAGUCGUCAUGGCAACUAGCGGUAACCUGAGGAUUCAGAACUCAGAGGUGCCUGCAGACCCACAACAUAAUAUUACGAUAUAUGAAAUAUGGGGCGAAGAAGAGUCCGAAUAAAUGGAUUUGUGCAUCAAAGUAGGAGAGAAAAAGUUGAGUGUUGACAAGUCAUAUGCAAACUAAUAGAAUUAUUCCAAAGAAAAAAGAUUCUCAAAUUUGAGACCUUUUUUCCUUUUUUUCUCUUUUAUAAACUUGAAAAAAUAAAUGUGAGACCAGUAGCCACAA